ACUCGGUUACUGGUACAAUAUUUAUAUGCCAACGAAGCACUAAGAUACGAUAAAUCGCCAAGGUUAUUCCUCAGUAAUCUGUCAAAUAAAUCAGGUAAGAGGGGAUAGAAGGCUGACUUUAAAAUGAUUACGGAAUUCGCUUCUAGUCCAGCAGAGGGAAGCGUCAGUUAUGUACCGUCCAACUGUUCUUGUCAAGCAAGGAUGGCUCCGGGGUGCUGAGGUCAAGAGCGAGGUUGGAGGGGCCUUCAUUUCUUUCAAGGGCGUUCCUUUCGCCGAGCCACCAGUCGGUGAGUUGAGAUUCAAGGACCCGCAACCGAAGCAGGCAUGGACUGGCGUGCGCGAAGCGUUGGAGGAUGGCCCUCAGUGUCCACAAAUUGACAUGUUUUCUCAAAAAAUUGAGGGGGAUGAGGACUGUCUUUACCUCAAUGUAGCCACAACAUCCUUGAAAGGAUCACGACCGGUAAUGGUCUGGUUUCACGGAGGAGGUUUCAUCUGGGGUGACGCCGGGUCUAGGCUUUAUGGCCCAGACUAUUUGGUGAAGCACAAUGUCAUUGUCGUCAAAAUUCAUUACCGACUUGGCAUUUUUGGCUUUCUGCAGCUCGAAGAUGAGGCGGCAGCGGGAAAUAUGGGACUAAAGGAUCAGGCCGCUGGCCUGAAAUGGGUGAAGGAAAAUAUCACCCAAUUUGGUGGAGAUUCGAACAACGUGACGAUCUUUGGAGAAAGUGCUGGUGGCGUUUCCGUUCACUACCAUCUUCUAUCACCGUUUAGUAAAGGCCUCUUCCAUAAGGCAAUCGUACAAAGUGGCGUGGCAAUUAAUCCAUGGGCAUGUACCCCCAGUCCUGUCAAUCUUGUACGUCGCCUCGUCGCUCAUCUCGGAAAGGAGACCACCGACUCCAAGGAAAUCGUUGAAUUUCUUCGUACUAUCGCAGCUCACAAACUUGCCGGCGCUUUGCAGAAUCUUACAAGCAUCCCGGGUAAAACCGCGAUAACUCUUCCAUUUGGACCGAGUAUUGACAGCAAAAGUGCUGAGCCCUUCAUUCCACGUCAUCCUUGUGAACUGAUUUACGAAGCUCAAGAUGUGCCUGUCAUGUUCGGAUACAACAGCGUCGAAGGAAUUAUCCUCAUUCAGACGAUUGAAAGUGGGGGAGAGUCGAGGAUGGAGCAAGUAUUUGAGCAGUUAGUAUCCCGCAUGUUAUCUGAGUUUCCUACAUCAAAGAUGUCACAUGCCAAAGCAGAGAUCAAGGAGUAUUACUUUGGGGAGAAGGAUAUAUCCAAGGAUGUCAUCGAUAGUUAUAUUCAAUUUCUGGGUGACACUUGCUUCGUCCUGGGUAUCCAUGAAGCAGCGUUAAUCCAAGCCAAGGCAAAGUCUCCAUCGUAUUUUUAUCGUUUCUCUCAUGAUUCACCGCAGAAACUGAGCAAGCAUUUUUUGCAUUUAGAAAUCGAUAUUAAAGGUGCUGGGCACAUGGACGAGUUAGCGUACAUUUUUCGUCCCGAAGCGUUUCCUGACGUUCCUUUCAUCGAACCGGGUUCAGUUGAACAAAUCAUCUCCGAGAGAUUUCUCAGAUUGUGGACAGAUUUCGCAAAGACUGGAAAUCCGACGCCAAAAAUCGACGACUUGAUCAGAGAGAACUGGCAACCAAUGUCAACAACUACCAAAAAUUACUUAAAUAUCGACGCAGAGCUCACCCCUAGCGUUGAUCCUGAUCAAGAAAUGUGGAAAUUUUGGAAAAGUAUCCGCACAACUGGCACUACCAGAAAACUGCAGUGAUCAACGGAAUCGAAAUGAAGUCUGCUGACAAACAACGGUGAAUGCGAGAUUGCUAAUUCCUCAGGUUUUCACAUGCCAUCUGUAUUCCAUUACCCUGUGAUAUUUAUAAAUAAUUGUAAGAUAAAUAAUUAA